AUGUUAUCUACAGAAUAUAAUGAUUUACGAGAAAUAGAUGAAAUAUCUUCGGGUAUAUAUGAGCAAAUAUUUAGCCAUCAUUCAAUAAGUUCAGUAUUACGGAACCUAGAUUUUCAUGAUCGUUGUCAGUUAUUUUUUAAAACUUUAGUAAUUAAUGAUGCAAAUUGGUAUUAUGAUAUUCAUAGAAAUUGGGAUGUGAAUUAUAAUACUGAUGAAUAUCGAGAUUUUAAAGAGGCGAGACUUCAGGAAUUGAAGAACCAACAGGAUGAGGAAGCCGAAGUAGUUGAAGAAAAACAGAAGGAUGAUAUAGAACAGAAAAUCAAGAAAGGAUACCAAGAGAUGUGGAAUAAGCAAGUGGAACGCACUUUCACAGAUUGGGUUUCCAUAUUCCGUAUAUUUAAUAAAUGCUACGUUACAAACAAUAAUACUACUCAAACUGCGCUGGUCAAGCGUUAUAUCAGUCAUCAAAAGAAAGUAUUAAACCUGGUAGGCAGUACUAGUAAUUUUGCAUCCACAGAAAGCGAAGAUAGAACCAAUAUUGGAGAUGAUGGACGUAUAUUUGAACAUAGAGUAUAUCCUUGGUUAUCCUUUGAUUAUCCCGCUUAUGAACAUUGGACAGGAAGCAAAUUCUAUCAACCACCAAAUAUGAAGACCCUCAACAAACAAGAGAAAGCUAAACGACCCCAUGAGUCAUUCUUAAAAGAGUUUAAAAAAGCCACCAACGGAAGAGGUAUAGUGCUAACAAUCCCCGAAUCUGAUGUAGAUACUACCGUUAAUUUAGUCCACUUAUUACGAGCUUUGAAUAAUGAAUUACCUAUACAAAUCGUCUCCUAUGAGGAAAUAUCAACUGGAGCCAAAGAAAAAUUAGUCAAUGCUGCUAGGGACGAUUUUAUUGUUUUCCCCCAAUCAUUUGAGAAAGUAUCAUAUAUGUUCCCACCGGAAUAUAGAUCAGGCGGAUUACCUAAGCAAGACAUCUGGUUCGUUAACGUUUAUCAAACCAUUCAUCGUGAUUUCAGAACCAAUUUCAGGCGUUGGUAUAAUAAAUUCUUAGCCAUGAUGUUUAAUUCAUUCGAAGAAUUUAUUUUGCUCGAUAAUGAUGCUGUCCUUUUACAAAAUCCAAAAUAUUUCUUCAAUUUACCAGGAUAUAAAUCCACUGGCGCAUAUUUUUAUCGCGAUCGUUCAUUAGGGAAGCGUCAUUCUGAAAGGAGUGUUAAUUUUUUCAAAUCAUUAACUCCUAAUGUCAUGGAUUCGAUGAUGUUUGAUAUACCCAUGGUUACAAACUAUACCCUACAAUUAGAAUCAUUCAGAAGGUUAUAUCACAUGCAGGAAUCCGGCGUAGUUACACCGUCCAGAUGGGACGAUACAUCUAAAGAAAUCUGUAGUGCACAUCCGGCACAUAUAGAUGGUGAUGAUGAUCAUACUUUAGCCUGGAUAAAUUCCGGGUUUAACUAUUGUCUAAAAAAUGUGAAUUAUGAAAAAGAAUUCAAGGAACAAGGGCCAAGAUUGAAGAUUGAUAAUGUGGAUGCUUUCAGAACAUUUUAUAACGCUCCAUUAAAGAUCAAGCAAGCGAUUGUACCUCCGCUAGAUCCCGAGUUUAAGCAAAGGACUAAUAUUAAUGAUGAACCUUCUGGUCCAUGGUGGCAUAGACAACUUUGUGGGACUUAUAUGUUCUGUGUAUAUUCUAGUAUAGGUGGUGUGCAAAAAGAUGGUGGAGAAAGUUAUUUGGAGGGGAAAUUUAUAGAAUAUGCUGAAUGGGAACAAGAUUUAUUUCAAUAUUAUGCAGAUAUUUGGGUUGGGGUUGAGUAG